AUGCCGACGCUGGCGUGUGCUCUCGAGGACGUGAGGCUGAUCUCGGCGAGAACCACGUACGAGUCCGAGGACGUCUCGAACCCCCUGGACUGGAAGGUGCUCGCCUUCGAAAACGAGAUCCGGCGCAUCUACGCUGACCGGGCCGUGGAUCCGAGCCGGAGGAAGAACGUGUUCUCCUUGGGCGACAGCCUCCACGAGCGAGAGGCCCUGUUGAGGGUGACCUCCCAGCUGCCCAACUGCAGGUCAAAGUCCCUGAAGUUCGUGGAGCGCCCAGACAUCUCGCAGAUCGUCAAGCAGCACGCGCUCGUGACGAGCUGCUUCGACCGCAUUGUUCACCACGACGGCAACCUGGACCUGUGCAUAAAGUGCGGCGGCGCCUGA